UGACAGCUCCCUGCGGUGCCGCGUUUCUCUCCGUCAAUCAACGACAGCGGGUGGUGCGCAAGUACAGGAGCGCGCGCGCGCCCUGCGACGUCGCCCACGUCCGAGAGACAAACUACAGCUCGCCGUCCGUUCUCCUUCGCCCCUCCAGCUUCGCGCUUGCGCACAAACCCCGCUCUGACUCCUCCACCAAGGCCGGACCCGUAAGCGGCCGGCAGGCAGAGCUACGACUAGCGGCGGCGGCUUUCCUUUGCCUGCAGAAUAUUGUGAGGACGGAGGAAGAGAUAGUUUCUCUGUCUGUGAAGGCAGGAUGUUGAACAUCCCAUCUCAGGCCUUUCCUGCCCCCGGCUCUCAGCAGAGGGUGGCCGUGGCAGGACGUAGCAAGGUACCUUUAAAACCAGGGCGAAGUCUUAUGGACUGGAUUCGGUUAACUAAAAGUGGGAAAGAUCUCACUGGUCUAAAAGGAAGAUUAAUAGAAGUGACUGAGGAAGAGCUUUCCAAACAUAAUAAGAAGGAUGACUGCUGGAUAUGUAUAAGAGGUCUUGUAUAUAAUGUCACACCAUAUAUGGAAUAUCAUCCUGGUGGUGAGGAUGAAUUAAUGAAAGCAGCAGGAACUGAUGGCACAGAUCUGUUUGAUCAGGUUCAUCGCUGGGUCAAUUACGAAUCUAUGUUGAAAGAGUGUCUGGUUGGAAGAAUGGCACUCAAGCCUGUUGCUUCUUUCAAAGAGACUUGCCCCACUGUAUCUGAAGAAGAGAGAGUCUUAAAUGGUAUGCUUCCUAAAAAUAAAGUCUUGGAAAUUUCUAAAGAGGUCAUUCCCAGUUAUGAUUGGUUCCAGACAGAUGGUUCAGUUACAGUGGUCAUGUACACUAAACAAAAGAGUAUGAACUCUGAGUUGGUGAUAGCAGAUCUUCAAGAAGAUAGACUGCGAGGAGAGAUCAUUGUGAAAGACUACUCAUAUCUUAUACAUGUUGAACUGAGUUGUGCAGUUCAUGAGGAUAUGAUUGUACAGGUCUCUGAAAAAGUGGGAAAGGUGGAGUUUGUCCUGAAGAAGAAAGAAACUCUCUCUUGGAAAAACCUUGGGCAACCACUGGAGGGUCAUAACUCCUUUGUCAAAUGCACAGACAGAGGUCUGUACUACAGAAAAUGCAAAUUGAUAUCAAAGGCAAAUGUCACUCAUGAUACUAGACUCUUUUGUUUAAUGUUACUACCAGGAACUCACCUUCAGGUUCCAGUUGGACACCACAUUUAUCUUAAACAAACAAUUUCAGGCACAGAGAUAGUGAAGCCAUAUACACCUGUGUCAUCUUCCUUAGUAUCGACAUUUAAAGAUCCCUCUCACAAUGAUAAGAUGCAUAUAUUUUUUAUGAUCAAAAUCUACCCUAGUGGACUAUUCACACCAGUACUUGAUUCUAUAGAAAUAGGGGAGUAUAUUUCUUUGAGUAAUCCUGAAGGUAACUUCAUAAAGAUGCAAGCUGAAGAUGUAGAAGAUCUCUUCUUAUUGGCUGCGGGAACAGGAUUUACACCAAUGGUUAAACUGCUAAACUAUGUUUUGACGAGUAGCAGUAGUCUCAGCUCAGUGAAACUGAUGUUCUUCAACAAAACAGAAGAUGACAUACUUUGGAGAAAUCAGCUGAAGCAAUUAGCCUUAAAUGAUGCAAGGUUUGAUGUAGAGUUUAUUCUCUCGAAACCAAACAAAGAAUGGACAGGCAAACAAGGAAACAUUUCUUCCUCCCUUCUCUCUGAGUUUGUGAAAAGAAGUAAAUGUGAUUCUAAGAUACUUAUCUGUAUCUGUGGUCCAUUACCCUUCAUGGAACAAGGAAUACAGUUUCUGCAAGAUCUUGGGAUCUCUGGUGAAGAAAUACAUUGUUUUACAGCCUAAAGAGUCAACAGGAGAACCCCAGUUGGCAUAUGCCAAUUUUAUUUUUUUCCUGUUGAGUUCUGAGAGAAAAACAUUAUGCAUGAAUACUUGCUUUUAUUAAUGUGAUUACUUGAACUGUUACCUUUGGUGGGGAUAAUUUAUAUUUUGCUGCUUUGAAAUGUAUUUAUUUUUGCUACUAUGUAAAAAACUAGAAUAUUUUAGUAGUAAAUAAAUGAUUACCAUUAAUUUUGUGUUGAACCUCGAAUGACGAGGUUUAGUAGCAUCCCUUUGCACUGAUUAUUUGGUUAUAGAGACAGUACUUUAUUAUAACUUCUUUAUUGUAAAAUAUUUUAAUACAAUAUGACUUCAUACAUUACAUUGUUAACUCAGGAAAAUGCUUGAUUUCAGUAGUACUGAUAUCAUAAAACUGUAGUAUCUUACUGUAAAUAACUAUCCUUGUAAACUAUACAAAAAUUUCAAUUUUGUACACGCAAUUAUUUUUUGUAUAAGACUAAUAAAGAAUGAGAGGGUUG